GCUCGUGCUGUUCGGUCGGAGUUUCCCGCUGCUGUUCUGUCGCCGCUCUUUUGCUGAGAUCUGAGUUCUGGACUCUACCUCCUGCUCCUCCCCCGGUGUGUGCUUGUUGUUUUUUUUUGCCGUACUACACUUUUUUUUCUAUCACCCCUCGCCACUUACUUGGCACUUUUGUUUGCCCCCUCUUCACCACCCGGCUUCGUCUCUGAUCCGUGUCGCGUCGCGCCGUUUCGGGAUUCAUUGAACCUCGUUCUCCCUUACUCGCGAUCCCGCAUCCCAGCAUCCUAAGCAUCAGCAGCAGCAGCCCCCCAGCGUCCCAUCUUCACCGCAACCAGCAUGUCGGACGGCAUUGAGGUCGAGCAAAUCGUGGAGAGCAAGCCGCGCAGGAUGCCGCUGGCCACUUCGCUGGACAAGGACUCAAUACGCGAGGCCUACGAGGACGUACGCUCCGAUCUCACAGACACUGAGUGGGCGGUAUUCAAGUUCGAUGGACCCCAGAUUGUUGUCCAUGAUCGUGGCCAGUGCUUUGAGCAGUUCCGCCAGCUAUUUGGCGAUGCGGAACGCGCUUUCGGCUAUAUCCGCAUACAGAUGGGCGAUGAGAUGUCCAAGCGCAAGAAGUUCAUCUUUCUGACGUGGAUUGGUCAGGAGGUGGGCGUUAUCCAGCGGGCCAAGAUGUCCACGGACAAGGCCCUCAUCAAGGAUGUGCUUAAUAACUUUGCUGUGGAACUACAGGCGGGCGUCGAGGCGGAGCUGGACAUUGAACUCUUCCGGGAGGCGUUGAAUCGUGCCGGUGGUGCCAACUACGGCACGGGAAUCCGGGAUAACUAACUUGCUAAUGUCCCUCCUAAUGGCCUCCAGUUACUUUAUAUAAUAUACAUAUAUUAUUAUUUUUUUUUGCAUCUCUCAACCGCUUACCAAACCAGCUCCUUUCUAAUUAAUUAUUAUGAAUUAAUUUUAUGAAAUUUAAAAAGUGUACAUUUAUGUAAAAUUAUACAAGCAAUUGUAACAUCA